AUGGGGAGCUACCGUAUUGAGGAGUCCCCGAACAAGCGGGCUGGUUGCUCUGUCAAAGCCUGCAAAGACCACAAAAUCAAGAUCCAGAAAGGCGAACUUCGUCUGGGAACCUGGGUUGAUAAUGAGCGCUUCCAGAGCUGGUCUUACCGUCACUGGGGAUGUGUCACUGUCAGGGUUCUUGCAAACAUUCUGGAAGCCAUUGAAGAAAAUGGUGAACCGAACUUCGACGUGCUAGAUGGAUUUGAGGAUCUGUCUGCUGAGAACCAGACCAAAAUUAAGGAGGCUAUCUUGAAGGGUGAUAUUGAUGAAGCUGACAAGACCGAUCACUCACUCCUUAAUGGAGCAGCCGGCGAGGAUGCGCAAAAUGAGGCCAGUGGUUCUCCCAAGAAGGCCAAGGCUGAUGCCAAAGCCAAGUCUAAGAAACGGUCUCGUGCACAGAGCGACGACGAAGAGGAAGUGCCCAGCAAGAAGACCAAAAAGACCAAAGGUGGGGCUACCGUCAAGGAAGAGCCUACCGAGGAAAAACCUUUGAGGAGCAACAGAGCACGCAAGGCCAUCAAAGAAGAGUCCCCCGGGGAAGAAGAACUGCCUAUCAAGCCAACUAAGAAGGCAAAAGGCAAGACCACUGUCAAAGAAGAGACUGAUGAGGAGAAGCCAGCAAAGCGCAGCAGGGCUCGCAAGACCAACGAAGAGACUGCCCAGUCAGGGAAGCCCGCGAAGAAGUCCAAGAAAACGGCAGCUACUGUUGAUGAUCAGAGUGAUGAGGAAGAGGUGGACGUCAAAGAAGAAAUAGAGACAGAAGUCCAACUACCAGCAAAAAAAGCUCGUGGCAAGGUGGCCGCUGCCAGCGGCGAAAAGCCCAAGCGCGGACGUAAGAAAAAGGUCGCUGAUGAUGAGGAAUGA